AUGACAAACAUGAGAAAUCUUUCCACUUUAUGUCUUUUUAUGACAUUUUAUUUAUUACGGAUCAAAGCUUUUGUAGGAUCUGUUCCCGGCAAUAAUUAUGUCAUUCCCAAUGGACCCGGCCAGGCACCUAACAAUUCAGAUAAGCCAGCUAUUCUUUUUCCUAAUGAUCCAUGUACAACCGAAUUUAUAAAUGGAAAAAAAAUUAUAAAUAACAAUAUUAAUAAAGAGGAGUGUCAAAGAAGAGCUUAUGAAAAGGGACAGCAACAACAACAUGCUGCUAUAAAUGCGGCAGUACAAGCAAUGAAAAUGGUAGCCAAGUUGCCACCUAAAAAGCAAGAAUGUAUAAGAACCGUUAGUAAUGCUUCACAGGAAUGCUUAAAGAAUAAAAUUAAAAAGAGAUCGCAAACAAAACCUAGAUACAUAGUAGCUAGUAAUUCAAAUAAGACGGUUAUUUUCGAUGGUAAAAAAAUCGUCUUUAUAGGCUUAAGAACGCAAUCUCAUUAUACAUUGAGGCAUAACAAGGGUAGACCAUUCAAGGUUGUUACUGACUAUCCCUUUGUUGUUGUAUUUAAUGAGUAUGGUGAAGCUAUUGCUUCGAAAACACCUAUAUCUAAGAAAAAGCCUUAUUGUAUUUGUCCUGGAAUUAACGAUGCUAUUAGUCAGCCAACUCGUGAAGGUCUCUUAUCUGAUUGUAUAAAACAAGAGUGUUCAGGAAAUGGAAUUAUAACUAAUAUUUUAAGUAACGCAACUGUUGAUGUAUCAAAUGAUGGAGAAGGUGCAAAAUCUUCCCCUGAAAAUAAAGACAAGGAUGCAGAACCCGCUAAAUAA